AUGAUUCUUUGCCAGUUUCCUCGUUUGAUGGCAUUACUAUUGCCUCUCCUGGCGCUAAUAUAUGGAGAGACAAACACAUGUCCUGCCCAAACUUGUCUUGUUUCUUCCAGUGGAGGAAAAUUCAAUGGCAUUUGCCAAGCUUCGUUCUCUGAAUUUCUCGGUAUUCCUUAUGCCCAACCUCCUACUGGUAACCUACGUUUUGCCAAUGCAGUUCAAUAUACUCCAAAUUCGUCUCCAAGAAAUGCAAAGACGCUUCCUCCUUAUUGUCCUCAAACAAGUACAACCGUUACUUCGACCCAUGAAGAUUGUCUCUACUUAAACGUCUACACACCUUCGACGAAAGCGUCAAAUGAAGUCCUGUUUUGGAUCCAUGGAGGAUCUUUUAUACAAGGUGGAAGUGCUGACCCUGUUUUCAAUGGUUCCCAGUUAGCACAGGCAGAGAAUAUUGUCGUUGUCACUGUAAACUAUAGACUAGGUGCUCUAGGGUUUUAUGAUAGUCCUGAAACUGGUACCAACUUUGGACUAACAGAUGUGGUCAUGGCUCUCAAAUGGGUCAAUGAAAACAUUGCUAGUUAUGGUGGUAAACCUGACUCUGUCACAAUUGCUGGAGAAAGUUCUGGUGCUACUGUUGUUCGUACUCUGCUUAUGACGCCAUCUGCAAAAGGGCUAUUCAGUAGAGCUAUCAUCCAAUCUGACCCCCAAGCUUAUUCUGCUAAUAAUUCAACAGUUUCCCAGGAUGGAAUUGCUCCUAUAAUAGACCAGUCACUCGGGUGUUCUACAAAUUCAGGAGAGGAUUUAAUCACUUGUUUACGUAACGCUAGUGUUUCGGAUAUUCUUUCAGCACAAAUGAAUGUUUACUCAGAAUUGACCAAUAUUCCCGGCGUGAACUCUGUGUAUCCAUUUGGACCAAAUGUUAAUUCUGAAAACUUGCCUAUGGAUCUCACUCCUGCAUUGACUUCACAAUCCCCAAUUGUGAAUCCUGUAGAGGUUAUGAUUGGCGUGGUUAAAGAUGAGGGUCUGGCGGCUGUCAGCCAAGUUUUUGGAAGUGCUGGUAUGACUCCUGAUAUUUAUCAGUAUGCAUUGGCAGCACAGUUAGGACCAGUAGGAGCAGGAAAAAUUCUUUCAUCCAGCCUCUUCAGCACUGAUAUCAAUAGUAGUACCUACCCUCAGGGAAUCAAUUAUGAACUACAACUCUCAUCCAUUGCUACAGAAUAUGAGUUCUCUUGCCCUUCCCAAAUGACCGCCCAACUAUAUCAAACAUCUUCUCAUAAAUAUACCUAUUUUUAUCAAUUUGUUGAAGGCAUUCAAUAUCCUGACAAUUCUGGUUUUGCACUGUGUUCAAAUGGAGCAGUAUGUCAUGAAGACGAUUUAUACCUGGUAUUCGGCACAUAUCCCAAUCCAACAUCGCUCUCUAGUUCCCAAACAUCACUAGUUAAAGAAGUCCAGACCAGGUGGGGAUCAUUUGUCAAAAAUGGAAACCCCAAUUGCAACGGUUAUUCAAACUGGACACCAAGUUCGGGUCAAAACCUCAACGUUCAGCUACUGGGUGGCCAGGGCUCCAUUUCUUCUAUAGACCAAGCCCAAUGUCAGUUUCUCGACACCCAAUUAGGCUACUACUGGUAG